GCACUCGAUUAUUAUUAUUGGAAAGGACGCACAUAUGAAAAUAUAUUCUAAUCUAAAUAAAAAACCAUUGCUGCACUAGAAUCAGGAAACUAUUGUUGAAGUAACUGGAUAAAUCACAAAUGUCACAUUCAGUUGAACCGAUUGCCAAAAGGCUCCGUCAAAGAAUUAAGACUGUUGAAUCAAAAACAGCGAAGAACAAAAAACGAACCAAUCAAUUGCUAGCAUUGAAUGAUGAUUGUUUGUAUGCUGUUUUUCAAAAUUUGAACAUUGAAAGCUUGUGUCACACUGCGAAUGUAUGCAAACGAAUGAGAAGUGUUGCCGAGCAAGUGUUUCAUCGUUACUUCAGAAAUUCUUGCUUCGUGGUUGACGAAAACCAGUAUCAAUGGAGUAUGAGUCCGGAAAAUUCAAAUUAUAUGUCUGGCAAUAUUAUCAACAAAACUGUACUCCGUCGUAUUCUCUGCAAAUUUGGUCACUUGAUGACAACUUUUGAUCCAGUUAUUGGAUUUUAUGAUCACUUGGGUAUUAAGUGUGAUGACAUCCUAAAAUAUUCUUCGGAAAAUUUGAAUCAUCUACGAUUAAGAGGCAUAACAAUUAGUUCUGAAGAGCUUGCACCUAUCAUGCCGCGAUUGAAAUUUUUGGGAUUGAAUGAUUGUGAAAUCGAUUAUCCAGAAGUUUUAAUGCAUCAUUUUCCAAAGUUGAAACAUCUCGAUUUGCGUUAUACAAAUAUACGGCCCGACACACUUGCCAAUAUCCUUCGUCUCAAUCCACAGCUGAAAUAUCUAGAGAUGAGGGGGCUUAACGAUAGCGAAUUUAUUAGUGUCAUCACAGAGAAUGCCAAGGACUUGGAAAAAUUAAAAUUCGAGUUUUGUUACGGAUGGAAACCGCGUGAUGACCAUGUCAACGAUAUUCUUCUAUUUAGCAAAUUGAAAAAAUUAAAGGUUUUCGAGUUCAUUCAAGUCAAAUACGCUUCAAUUGCGAAAUCAGGAAAACUACUCAUAAAAUCAUUUGCAAACGAAAAUAUUGCAAUCGAAGAAUUGUCAUUAGGUGGCUUUUCAUUUGAUGCAGACGACAUUACCAAUUUGGCGAAUCAAAAAGCAUUACGAUAUUUAUUUGUGAGUAAAGUUAAACAAAUGAAUGACUCCGAUUUAGAAUUUACUAUCGAGGUUACCAUUACUGAAGAGUUUGGACGUAACGUUCUCAACUACCGCUCAAGCUACAAUCACUUUAUGUGGUUUGUUUACAAUGGUGAAGUUUGGAAAGUUGAAAGAAGUGAGUUUUUCUGGGUGCCAUAAUAUAGAUUUUCAAAUGACGGAAGACGACUACGAAUUAUUGCUGGAUGACUUUCAAAAUUCUGCUAGAGAGAAAAGCCAAAAACUCAGCAUUUACAUCGGUCAUUUUGGAGAGAAAAUUGCUCGUGAAAUACCUGAAAGUUUUGAAAAUGAAGAACAACUGGAAAUUGAGUUAGCAGAAGAAACUUUUUAUUUGUCUGAAGACGAGUAAGAUUCUGAUGUCGAGAUAGACUUUGUAUAAGAAUAAAAACUUAAGUUUUUUUUUAUAUUCAUCUGUAUUAUUAGAUAAGUUCUAAGCAAAAAAAAAACAACAUAAGAUUUUAUCUCUGUUCUGAAAAUUGUGAGUCUAACUAGUAUUAUAGUUUUAAAAAAAUCGUUGCAUUGAAUUCACUUUAAAUUUUAAUAAAAAUAAAGAGUCUUACGCGAGUAAGACGAACUUUUCCGCACGG